AUGAGAGACCAAUUAAAGCUGUCCAUGGAAUUAAAGGCUAUCCUUGCUUCUGACGACCUUAAUAAUUUUAAGCAAGCCAAAGUCAGACGAGGCGGAGUUUACGGCAAAGAAAAGAAAACGAUUCUUCACCAGGCGGCGAAGUAUUGUCAAAAUAUUGACAUCCCGUGCUACUGUGUAUAUAAACUGAAAGUCAAUCCAAGCACCAAGACAAGAAAAUCAAGCUCAACCGCUCUCCAUUACGCUUGUAUAUACGGAAGGCUAAAACUCGUAGAGUUCCUCGUGUCUUCUUGUAAAGUCCCUGUUGAUGUACAGAGAAAACAUGGACAGACGCCUUUGUUGCUGGCAGUCCAGCACAAUUAUACUGAGCUGGCUGAGUUUUUGAUAAGCAAGGGUGCUGAUUUGUAUGCUAAAGAUAGCGAAGACUGAUCUUUAGCCCAUUGGGCAGCCAGAAAUGGGAACUCAGACCUGCUGUCCAAGUUGAUAAAAGCUGGUGCUCCUUUUCAUGGAGUCACCAAGAAUUCAGAACAUUGCUUGCAUAUGGCUGCAUGAAGUGGGAAUGUGGAUGUUGUAAAAACACUUUUCUCCUUGUUCUAUCCUUUUGCUUGCGGUGGAAAGGGUACCGUGCUCCAUUAUGCUAAAUUGCCCUCUUGGUUAGCUUUCAAUAUUUGAUAUUUUUUAUAUAAAAUUAAUUUUAAUAUUCGCAGCCAUAAUAUAAGCAUCUGGAGUCUCUCUAUUAUAUUAUUAAAUAUGUAUUAAAAAUUUUAUAAAAAGAAAUUUAGCUGAUGAGAAAAGCGUUGGUUUCAAAAACUAGAAUUUUUCAAUGGUUGCUAAUCAAGAGGGAGUAUAUUAAAUUAAAGAGUCUUAAGGUCUUCCAGAUUUGAUGCUUCUGCACGAUUGUGACCACCAAGUCCUUGCUUGCCAAGGGCUCGGUUACCUGAACUCUAUCAGCAGCAGUCUUCCCCCAGAACUAAGGACUUGCAAUACAUCUUUGAGUUCCAACAGGUCAGAAAGACCCCUCGGUGCUGUGCGUCUUGCGUGCAAUGAAGGUAAAGGUUAGCCCAAUACCUCACCUCGGCCACCUUGAGGAAAAGUGAUACCCAAGAAAAAAGUCACGAACCUCAAGAACCUGAGGGAAAAGAACAUGUGACCUAAAAACCAUCCGGAUAGCUAAUACUUGGGCUGGAAUGGCCACCAGCUGGCUUCCAAAGCCACUUAACCUAUACAGCAGCUAUACAGUGAGUGCUUAUGAUUAGAUUUAAAGGGCCUGAGCCUUGGUUUAAGCUAUAAAGUCAUUUAGCACUCACAGUGAUAUGUCAUCAGUAAGGACAAAUUUGUUGCCACCACCAUGUUUUUUUUUAAGAGAGAGUAAGGGCAAUUGGGAAAUUGUAGAAUGGAUUAUCGCGAAUACCAUUUGGCAAAAAAUGCCUCGUUUAAGCAUUCUGCUUGAUAUUGGGGCAACCAGCGACUUAAUAGUUCAAUAUUGUAAAGAAGAAAUCAACUUGGGGGUUGUAUUAUUAUAUGAUAGAGCCGAUUUGUUAGAAAUUUUAUAUGUAAAUAAAAAAAUCCAAAUUCAAUUUUUAAUCCGUGAGAGGUUAGGACCAAAAUGCGCUCGGAAAAUAAAAACAUUAGAAAGAUGGGAAAAUGUCAGAGGGUUACUUUUUGUAUAUAAAACAGCUAAGCCUAUUUAUGCAAAAGUACCUUUAUGCAUUGCUAGAGAAAUUUCCGAAUAUAUUUAA